AGCCGCCGGUUAAAAUGGCUGUGGCAGGGCAGGGCGCGCGCUGCUGCUGAGGUCCCCGCUCCAGUCGCGCCGGCCCGGCUUGUGCCCCGUGGGUCCUUGCCGCGCGGGCUCCGUGGGGGCCGCUCCGGUGACCGUUGCUCUGUCUUUGCAGGGGGGACAAUGGGGACUCUGCUGCAGCUGGCAAGAUGGGGCCUCUUGGGCCGUAGCCUCUCCCUGGUCCAGACCGCGAGGAGCCUCCACUGUGGGGUCGCCAGCUGGAUCCAUGUGAAGUUGCCCCCUGAACCUAAAGAGGUUGAUCGCUGGACAGAGAAACGAGCCUUAUUUGGGGUCUAUGACAAUAUAGGAAUUCUAGGAGACUUCCAGGUUCACCCCAAGGACUUGAUCAUAGGGCCCAGCUGGCUGCGAGGCUGGCGGGGAAAUGAGCUACAGAGAUGCAUCCGCAAGAAGCAAAUUGUAGGUCAUCGAAUGUUUGAUCAGGAUUACAAGAACCUUAACAAAAGGAUCAGGUUCCUGUACAGACGCUUCAACCGCACUGGAAAGCACCGCUAGGAGCAGACCUGUGAGAACUCUCCAUGUGCAUCCUGGAAGGAAUGGCAUCCUGGGUGUAACAGGUUUAGCACCUGGAGCUGUGCACAUAUUGGGGUGUUGUAAAAUCAUAAUAAACUGAGUUGCUCUUCUACAACUACCUUCUACCUUUGAUCCUACUUGAAGCUCAGUUCCGACCUACAGACCCUCCUGCUUGUCCAGUCCUGAGCUACCUUUGCUGAUUAUUUCUUCACCACCACCACCCUUAAAUUUAUCUUCUUACUGCUUCUCUUAGUUUGGCUCCCCAUAUUGCUCUAUUGCAACCCCUCCCUGUAGUAUCUGGUUUCCAGCUUCAUAGUUUGUCACACCAAUCUUAAUAUUGAAAUGACACAAAACAUUAAAUUAUUUCAAUUAUCAGCA